AUGGGAGAACCUCCAAUCCCCCAUAUGCACCCUCCUCCCCCACUACCCCCACCUUUUCUACAAAAAUCAAACUUGCCCAUGUUAUAUUAUGGCAUCUUCGUCUUAGGAACGGCUGCAACUGUGCUUGUAGUGUACAAUCUCAUCAUUGUAAAAUUAUGCACAGAGUACUAUGGUGGCACUGGCACACGCCUGGGACGUACUGGUGACCUCGAAUCUACCUCGACCCCAAGAUUUUAUAAACAGAAGAAAGCCGUCUUGUCCAGCUUUAAGUACAAGAAAAAUGAAGCAGAUGACUCUGGAUGUGCUGUUUGUCUAUCAGAGUUUGAAGAAGGUGAAGAAAUAAGGCAACUUCCACGGUGCAAGCACUGUUUUCAUGCUCCCUGUAUUGAUAUGUGGCUUUAUUCCCACUUUAACUGUCCACUUUGUCGUUCCCUGGUCGAGCCACCGGUUCUUCGCGGCACAGAUCAAUUAGAGAACUCUCGGGAAGGAUUGCCGGAUCCAGGCAACUUGGUUUAG